GUGAUGGCCCCUUUUUUUCUCUUCAUCUCUUUAUGUGUAUUAGGUAUUUAACCCUAAAUCCUCUGCAAAUUCACUUAACUUCAUCUACUAUCACUAUCUUUUACUCAAUGAUUUAUGUAAAGAGCUCUUCUCCUUGAUUGGAAUUCAAUUUCUCAACAAUUAAAUGCAGAAUUGAUAAUCCAUAGUGUAUUUGUUUCUGUAUGGAUACUUUGAAGACUCCCACUGCUUUUCAAGAUUUGUAUCUGAAUUUAGGUACUUUGCGUAUACGGCAAUUUCUGGUCCUCACUAUCUGGUUGGUGCAUCGGGAAGAUGCGACGGCGCUUAAGUUGCCUGAUAAGUUAACUAACAUCUCGUCGAAGUCCAAGCUUGGUAGUCCACCAACUACUGGACUUUUUCAGCCCAUACAAAUUUCGCCUGCUGUUUUACCUCAUUAUCACGAUCCUUCUAGUGGACACUCUUUGCCGCCAAUGUACCCCUCGUUCCCGACCACAUAUGAUCCGGUGUUGACGGGGAGAUGUCCUGUUAACUUCUCUGCGAUUUCCACUAUUAUGGAAAGAACGGCAUCUGAUUGUUCUCAACCUUUAGCGAGUAUAGUAGGGAAUGUGGUUUGUUGUCCGCAGUUAAGUAGCUUACUCCGCAUUUUUCAGGGAUACUACAGCCAGGGAACGGACAGUUUAGUUUUGCAAAAUGCAGUUGCUGAUGAUUGUUUCAAAGAUGUUAUUAGUAUACUUGCUAGCAGAGGGGCGAACAGUUCGGUUCCUUCUAUAUGCUCAAUAAAAUCAUCAAAUCUUACUGGCGGGACAUGUCCUGUCAAAGACGUAACUACUUUCGAAGGAAGAGUGAAUACUAGCAAAUUACUGGAGGCUUGCAGCAGAGUUGAUCCUUUAAAGGAGUGCUGCAGAUCAGUGUGCCAACCUGCAAUUAUGGAGGCUGCGCUUCAAUUAUCAUUGUCGAGCAACGAUAACAAGAAUUCAGUUGCUUCAGAAGAAUCCAUGCACAUUGAUGCUCUUAAUGACUGCAAAGGAGUUGUUUAUUCAUGGCUUUCUAAGAAACUCUCGCCGGACAAUGCAAAUAAAGCUUACAGAAUAUUAUCUGCUUGUAAAGUAAACAAAGUUUGUCCACUAGAAUUUACACAACCAUCCGAAGUGAUCAAAUCAUGCCGUAAUGUUGCUGCUCCCAGUCCUUGUUGUAGCUCAUUAAACAGUUACAUUUCCGGAAUACAGAAGCAAAUGUUGAUUACAAAUAGGCAGGCGAUUAUCUGUGCAACAGUCUUCGGUUCAAUGUUAAAGAAAGCUGGAGUUCUGACAGAUCUUUAUGAACUUUGUGAUGUUGACUUGAAAGAUUUUAGUAUCCAAGUAUACGGCUUACAAGGAUGCUUGCUUAAAAGCUUGCCAGUAGAUGUGGAAUACGAUAAUUCAACUGGAAUUAGCUUUACCUGUGACUUGACCGACAAUAUUGCAGCUCCAUGGCCUUUAUCGACUUCAAUCUCGUCCUUGUCUCUUUGUGCUCCUGAGAUGUCUUUGCCUGCAUUACCAACAUCUGUGCGAAACAAUGGUUUUCAUGGAGCUGGACUGCAUCUCCUUGUAACCAUUUUUUUGAUUUUUGUUGUCAGUAUGUCAGUAUAUUAAAAUCACUUAGAGGCUUUAGAAUUGAGAAUGGACAGGUUACAUGUAUAUCUCGAGCUUUCUAUUUCAUGUACAGAAACUGUAUUCUAGGUUAUGGAAUUGUUCAUUGCCCGGGUUAUGACUUGGGGAGGAUUUUUCUGUGUGUAGGAAAGGUAGUGUACAUAGAGACAAAGGUACAUCUGAAAAUGAACCAGGCUAUAUUAUCCAUUCAUCUUGUGUGUUUC